AUGCCGCUGGGCGCGGCAGAGCGGGAGGCGGCGUGGGCACAGGCCAGGGCUCUUCCCGUGCCCAUCAGGGAGCUUCUGGCCGGCGGGUUUGCGGGCGCCGUCGCCAAGACAGUCAUCUCGCCCCUGGAGCGAUGCAAAAUCCUCUUCCAGGCAAGCACGCCCAUUCGGGACUGCAGCCUGCAAGCAAAGGGCUGCACGGGCAAGCUGCGCAGCGCGUCGCUGGGCCCCACGCUGACCCACAUCUAUGAGACGGAGGGCGUGCGGGGGCUGUUCCGCGGCAACGGCGCAGCCGUGGUGCGCAUCGUGCCGUACGCCGCGGUACAUUACUGGGCGUACGAGCACUACCGCCGCGUCCUGGUGGGCGCUGGCGUGCUGGGAGCGCAGGAGCACCUCGUGCCGCCGGUGCUCGACCUGGUGGCAGGGUCGGCGGCAGGCGGCAGCGCGGUGCUGCUGACCUAUCCUCUGGACCUGGUGCGCACCCGCCUGGCGUACAUGACUGAGGCGGGGGCCUGGCCGCAGCAGCAGAGCAGCAGCAGCAGCAGCAGCAGGUGCAGAGGAGCGGCGGCGUGCGCAUCGCCGGCGGCAGCAGCGGCGGCGGAGCCGGCGGCACGGGUGGGCGGCGGCGGCGCGGGCCGCCUGCCGCUGCAGUACAGCCGGCUGGCCGGCGGCGGCGGGCUGGCGCUGGCCGCCAGCCGCGGCUGCAGCAGCGGCUCGUGCGGCGGCGGCGGCGGCGCGCGGCUGGCGGUGGCGGGCCCGCCGCCGGCCACCUCGGGCAUCAGCAGCGGCGGGUGCGGCAGCCGGCUGCAGGGGCGCGGCGCGGGCGCGGCGCGCGCGCUGCACCUGCUCAGCCCCCACGCCCUGGGGCCGCGCCACACCAUCCGCUCCGUGCUUUCCUCCACCCUCCGCAAGGAGGGCCUGCGGGGGCUGUACCACGGCGUGGGCGCCUCCAUGUAUGGUAUCCUGCCCUACGCCGGCCUCAAGUUCUAUUGCUACCAGCAUCUCAAGCAGGCAAGGGGAUGCGGCGGGGCGGGGGCGGGCCCAGCCGGCAGCCACUGGCACCACCACACCCACCGUGGCGAGGUGGCGCGGACGGGCGUGGACGGCAAGCCGCGCCUGCCGGUGCCGGUGAUGCUGUCGUUUGGCGCGGUGGCGGGGCUGGUGGCGCAGACGGCCACCUAUCCGCUGGAUGUGGUGCGGCGGCAGAUGCAGGUGGAGGGGUUGAAGCUGCAGGAGGCGGCCGCCAACUCGCCCACCGCCCAGCUGUCGGCAGGCACGCAGGCGCUGAGCCUGCGGUCCACGCCGCAGGCGCUGGCGCUGCUGGCGCAGCGCCACGGCUGGCGCUGCCUGUUUGCGGGGCUCAGCAUCAAUUACCUCAAGGUGGUCCCCUCCACCGCCAUUGGCUUCACCAUCUACGACUACAUGAAGUCGGCGCUGGCCCUGCCCACCAACCUGUGA